UCUUUUGUGAUUCAACAUUCAACCACAUCGAGUUAGCAUUUACGUGCGGUGGCACGUUCUCGUUGAAACUGGUGAUAUCUGGAACAUUGUACCUGUGUCGUAAUAUCAUUAUGGCGGAUUCCACUUUAGAUGACUUCUUUGCGAAGAAAGAUAAAAGCAAGAAAGGCAGAUCUAAAGCCAGAUAUACCACAACAGAGACUAUAGCCAAAAAAUUGGAAGAAGGAGGGAAAAAGCCUGACAUACAUAUGAAGAAGGACACAAAAGAAAAAAAUCCUAAUAUUACCAGUAAUCAGUCUAUUAUUAUACCAUCUAUAAGUAACGAACAAGAAGAUGAUGAGUGGAAGAAUAUUGAAGAGAAAGAAGCAGAUUAUUCUGGUCUCAGAAUACAGGCUUUGUCCAUUAGUGAAAAAGAAAAGGAAGAAGAGCAGUUAAAAGAACAGAUGCUUUCUGAACAAAAUGGCGAAUCUCAACGCCAAUCAGAUGGUCAUAGUGGUCCAUGGAAAGUGAUGCAACAGCAUGUUAUUGAAAAUGAAGAACAAGAGCCUCCUGAGGAGCCACAGAUGAUAAAAGAAGAACCUACUCCAAAGCCUUCAGGUACAUACAAACCUCCAGCCAUGAGAAAUGCUUCUGCCUCUACUCCUACAAGUUCAAGUAGAAGACAUCCCAAGAAUGCUCCUCAGAUAACUAGUGAGGUUCAUUUUCCUUCACUUUCCUCUGCUGUAGACAACAAAUUUAAGCUCAGUGAAUCUGAUCGUAGUUUCCAGUCAGUCAAACAUGGAGUACGUUCUAAAGGAGAAUCACAGAAGGAACUCCGCCUUGAUUUAGAAAAUAAGUUUUCAGCUCUUCAAUAAUCAAUGGCCAUUGUUAGCCCAUUCCUUUUGAUUUGCAGUGAAAGAUUAUGCCAUGUGGAUGGUUCCAGAAAACAAAUUAGGGAAAUAAGUAAUAUCAGAUUUCUGAUGAAAGGAAAUAGAAUGAUAUCUUUUAUAGCAGAAAAAUAUUUUAAGAUUGCAUAAUACUGUACUAAAGAAAUUAAAAAUUUGUUAUAAAUAGUUUAAAAAAUUCCUAAAAUUAUUUCUUUUCAAAUUAUACAUUUGACAAUUAGUAAAGCAACUUGAUUUUGCAUUUAAGGAGACAAGUAAUUUUUUAGUUUUUUUUUUUCAGAGUAUAAUUUUUUUUUCUCUUUUUGUAUGAAGAAAAAUUUCUAAACAUAGAAUGUGAAGGAAUUUUUUUUU